AUGGCCCUCCGCCUCAACUAUGAGCGCUUGGACCUGGGCGCAGUUGCACAAGAAGUUCGUCGUCGGACAUUUUGGUCUCUGUAUCUUCUGGAAGACAUUUUCUGUGUCGGACUAAAAGAAUUUGAGCUUUGUAGGCCAGACAUCAUCCAGCUGCAGCUACCAUGUGCGGACACCGACUUUGAAGGGGAACGACUCGUAACCACUGGCUGCUUGAGACCUGAUGGUGGGCGAGAACCGGAAACCAUCAACGAUCGGGGCCUUUUUCUUCGACUGGCGUAUAUUCGUCGUGCCAUUAUGAGGUUGAAUAGGCGCGUCUAUCUCAAAGAAAUCGACAGCUCAGAGCUUGUUAGCUCCAUUCGAAAUUUUGAGACCAAGUUACAGCAGUGCCAGACGCAAAUUCGUCCAUUCGACCAAUUCACUCCUGACGAUCCAGUCCCGUAUCACGUACGGCCUCAGACUGUGAUGUGCCACAUGUCAUUACACCAGUGCUAUUGCGAUCUGUACCGCAUGUUCCUGGCCGGAUAUACGGACGCGGUCCCACAAGUCGAUGUCCAAGCUGUGGCAGUGAAAGACAGAAUGACCAUGCGCACUAAGUGUCUGGAGAAUGCAGAAAAGAUCGUCCAGACAUUGAUUGAUUUUAGCGAGCAGAGUGAUAAGAUACAGGUCUUGGACUCCGACGCUGCCGUGUGUGCAUAUCAUGGUACCCGGCUGGUGCUGUUUGGUGCUUGCUCUCCAGGAGGCAAUCCGAGACUCCCCAUGCAACUAGCCAUCAAGAGAGCAAAAGCCUGCUUGUCGAUCUUGUCGCGCUUGUUUGCUUUUUCCCACAGUGUGAAACCCAUGCUAAAGGACCUUGAUGGACUCAUUCAGCGAUACGAUGCUUCUCUCGCUAUGUCAUAUAACGUGGAAAUCGCCGAAGAAGAGGACAGUCUUUCACACGAAAGAGAAGUUUCGGAGCACGCUAGAGUCCGACAAAGACUGUCUGUACAUAGUCUUCUCCUUCAAGCCGGCUUCGUUGAUGACAGCCGAGAUGCUGCUGAUUCAUUUGCUGAGGACGCUUGUCUCGCAGCGAACUUAGAAGAAAGCCGCGUGAGCCGGGAAGAACCGGGAAGCAGACCAGCUGAUGGCCAACGCUCUUACAGUGGGAUGAUUUCGCCCGAGCCGUUAUUGCUGUCUCAGGAAUUAUUUCCCGACAUGCAGCAAGGCAACGCGAAUCUACUCUUCAACGCUUGGAUGGGGUUCCCUGGGCCCGACGAGCUCUCCGGAGUUGGCAGCGCCUUGGAUGAUGAAUUUUAA